UUAGUCUGCUUUCGUUUCUCAUACGGUUUGGGGUUUUCUUUUUCUCUCCUUUGGCUACGCCGGAAAAUCCUUGUGUUACGUUCGCGAUCGCGUCCGUUGCCUUGGCUGAAGCUAUAGAUACAGCGCUACAGCCAAUAUGCAAAUAUUUUAAGCUAAAAUAUAUAUGUGAGCUAAAUAAAUACGCAAAUCUGUCUAUAUGAAUAAUCAGAGCGAUCGUGAGAAUUGCGCUGGCGUUGCAGGUUCGCAGUGUAGUUGUAAAGUUGAUGUGGAGUGUCAAUUAUGUGGAAAUAUAUAUACAAAGAUACCUCCAAGGUGCGUGUGUAUGUGUGACUGUGCGAGUUCCUCCUGGCACUGAAUGUCACUAAAAGGGAGGGAGGGAGAGAGAUAGAGGGAGUGGGGCAUGCUCUCUUUUCAGUGCGUGUAGAUCAGUUACCGCCAGCAACAGCAGCGAAUCAACAACAGCAACAAAACAAGCAAACAAACAAACAAACAAGCGACAAUUCACAUUCAUUCCCAUUCAUUGCUGCUAUUAUCGCCAGUUUUGCUUUGCUCUUUCACCACGCACGAAUUCGUGGGCGAGGAAGAGAGUGAGAGUGGAGCGCAGAGAGAGUGGAAAGCAGCGAAAGAGUGUCGCGUGUGAACCGUAAGAAAUGUCAAGGGGGAGCGGCGGUAAGUGGAGCGAAUGAAGUGGAAGCAGCAGCAAUCAAAAAGUUCGCUCUGGGAACGCCCCCUUAUGACGCCCCCUGUGACGCGUUAUCAGCGGACACCCAACAAACACAAAGACUUGACCAAAAUCCACACAAAAUGGCGAUAAACUCAAGUGCCAGAGAAUUCCCGCGGGCCUAAAAAAAAAAAAAAAAAAAAGUUCGCUUAAAAAUAAAAGGAAGUAAACAAACUCGUUUGUGUCCCACAAAUACAACAGUGCUCGAACCCCCUGAAAAUUGAGAGAUCCCGCAAAACCCACCAGAAUCAGCGAUAAGCAUCCGAAAGUUUGGGUGGCCAGUCCACAGAAAACUCCGCUCACCAAACUUUAAACAAGCGCCUAAGAUGUGUUCCCGCAACAUAAAGAUCUCGGUGGUGCUGUUUCUCGUCUUGAUACCAAUCUUCGCCGCCUUGCCACACAACCACAAUCUGUCGAAGCGCAGCAAUUUCUUCGAUCUGGAGUGCAAGGGCAUCUUCAACAAGACCAUGUUCUUCCGACUGGACCGCAUCUGCGAGGACUGCUACCAGUUGUUCCGCGAGACGAGUAUACACCGAUUAUGCAAGAAAGACUGCUUUGAUUCAAAAUGGUUUGGCGAGUGCCUAAAAGUGCUGUUAAUACCCGAAGAGGAAAUAUCAAACUUACAGCACUUUCUGAGAGUAGUGAACGGCUCGCCCAUAUCCUUCAACAUGGGUCCGCAAACAUAACUCUAAGUCCCGCCCCCUCACACACACACACAGCCCCAAAACACGCACAGGCAAACACACACACAGUUGAAAUUCGCUGCGAAUGAUGUGGAAUGGAGAAUGGGAAUCCAACUACAACCACAAAUGCAGAGCCAGAACAAAGAAAUCUAAAAUAUUAAAACGCCCAAAUUUAAUUCGUACUUAUUUAUUUAAUACUGUAUGCACUACAGUUUUUACUAUAUAUGUGUUUUUUUAAAAACGAAUUAUUUUUAUUAAUUUAUUGAGAACGUUAUGCGUUUGUUGUAAGUAACAUAAUCGGGCGAGUGAGAGAUGAGUGACGGAGAAGACAUCGCACAUCUCCUAACUCCUCAUGUAGAAGCCGAAGUAUUUAUUUUUAAGUAUUCUUAGCUUGUUUUCUUAUUAUUGCGUUAUGCGUUAUGUAUAUAAAAUAAACAAAACGAAAUCCAUUGUUUUUAAUCUA